UGUGCUCAUGGCGCAUGGGUGCUGCUCAUUGGCUGUCAGUGUUGUUGUCCUCGGACCAUGGGGCUGUGCACACACAGGGGCUGAGCAUGUACAACUUCAACGACAAGUUGUGCUCCUGUUUCAUUCAACAUUUGCGGUGAAAUUGUGUCAAACAUGGAACGAGUUGUUAUUAUAACCGGCGCGAACAGUGGCAUCGGCCUGGCGUUGUGUGAAAGGCUGCUCACAGAGGACGGUCAGCUUCGUCUUUGUCUGGCCUGCAGAAACAUGCAACGGGCUGAGGCCGCCCGCACCGCGCUGUUGACCUCUCACCCCGACGCCCACGUGGACCUGCUGCACCUCGAUGUGGGCUCGGUGCAGUCAGUGCUCAGUGCUGCUCAAGAGGUCAAGACCAGGUACAGCAAAGUUGACUUUCUGUAUCUAAAUGCAGGGAUUAUGCCCAAUCCACAAAUAGACAUCAAAGCAUUUUUUAAGGGUCUGUUUUCCAGAAAUGUCAUCAACAUGUUUGCAACAGCAGAAGGUCUCUUAACUCAACAGGACCGUGUGAACUCAGAUGAUCUGCAGGAAGUGUUUACCACUAACCUGUUUGGUCACUUUCUUUUGAUCAGAGAGCUGGAUCCUCUGCUGUGUCAGUCAGAUCACACGUCCCGGGUCAUCUGGACCUCGUCAAGUAACGCUCGGCGCUCUGCCUUCAGCUUGGACGACAUCCAGCACAGGCUGGGGACAGAGCCCUACAGCUCCUCUAAAUACGCCUCAGACAUGCUCAGCUUGGCGCUCAACAGGCAAAAGAACAGCCAGGGCCUCUUUUCAUCUGUGAUUUGUCCAGGCCUGGUGAUGACUAAUCUGACCUACGGCAUCCUCCCCUCCUUCUUCUGGACUCUCAUCAUGCCGAUCAUGUGGUUGAUUCGUAUCUUCACAAACACAUUCACCCUUACACCGUACAACGGAGCAGAGGCGCUGCUCUGGCUGUUUCUCCAAAAGCCUGAAUCUCUGGAUCCAAAGGCAAAGUAUCACAGUUUAACAUCAGGCUUUGGAGUAAAUUACACUGAACCUCGACAGAUGGACAUUGAUGAUAAAAUGUCUGAGGAUCUUUACGUAAAACUCCUGGAACUUGAAAAAACAGCGAGAAGAAAACUGACUGAGAGAGGCUCGAAUGAAGAAGCUUAUCGACGAUACCUCAACGACGUAGAGUAGAAGUGAAAAGAUUGACAUUUUAGAAUAAAUCUCGUGCAGUUUUUGAUAA